UCCAGAGGGUGGUAUAAGCCAGCGCGGCGCUUCCUGAGUGCUCCUCUUUAGGGAAGAGGGAGCCGAUUGGGAUACAACCCGGGAGCCGCUUACACGCACGCAGGCAGCGGAGAGGGACAGAGUGCGUGGAGCGGAGUGGAAAGAAUUGUGUCAGUGUUUCUGUGGAACACAGCCGCAUUAUUCGCUUAAACAGGAGUCUGAAACGGCUGAAAAUCACUUCAGAUCACCGAAGAAAUUCGACGCCACCUGGAUAAAGUGGACGAGAAAACAGGAUGAAUCUGAAACGAACUGGCUGAAGUCAUUAUUGAUCGAUUGGUCUCCUGGUUGUGAAGGUUAGGAAGUGGCCAGGCGGCUUCCCCGCGCCUUCAGCGCUUCAGCAGAGUCUCCUGCGGUUAGGACGCGACUUCGCGGGUUAAAUGCGACUUGCGGACCGCUCGCGGCUCUUUUAAGGCGGUUGUAGACUUUUUAUGGCCAGCAAACGCGAUGAAUUUACCGCGGUUUACAUUUCAUCAAGCUAGUAGUAGAAGCUAGUUAGCCGGCUAGCAACCCAGUGCUAACUGUGCUAUCCGAGAUAUACGCAGUUUCCCACUUUAUUUUGCUCCUUUAUUGUAACAUUCCCCGUUUCCCGGGCAGUCAGCUAACGUUAUAGACAGUGUCUUUUAAAAUAAUAAUUUCAGUGAAAAAGCUUUUGUUCACAAGAAGACAGCUGCGUUUUGGGAGCUUUUUUCGCUCGUGGAAAAAUGGAUGCGGUCAUGGAGAAGGAGUGCAGCGCUUUGGGAGGGCUCUUCCAGUCCAUCAUGAACGACAUGAAGGCCAGUUACCCUGCCUGGGAGGACUUUGUUACGAAAGGGGCCAAGUUACAGUCUCAGCUAAGGACAACCAUCAUUGUUAUUGGCUCAUUUCUGGAUGCUUUCCAGAAGGUUGCUGAUAUUGCAACUGGAACACGAGGGGCAACAAAGGAAAUCGGCUCAGCAUUGACCAGAAUGUGCAUGAGACAUAGAAGUAUUGAGAACAAACUCAAACUCUUCACUACCGCUUUCAUGGAUAACCUGAUCAGUCCGCUGGAGCUGACGUUGGAGGAGUGGAAAAAAGUGGCCAGUCAGCUUGAUAAGGAUCAUGCUAAAGAAUAUAAGAAGGCACGAGCAGACAUCAGGAAGAAAUCAUCUGAUACAAUCAAACUGCAGAAGAAAGUAAAAAAAGGUAAGGAUGAGGUGCGGAUGCAGUUGGACAGUGCAUUGCACGAUGUAAACACUCGCUAUACUGAGUUAGAAGAGACAGAGAAGAGAGCUGUGUGCAGAGCGCUCAUUGAGGAAAGAGGACGCUUCUGCUCCUUUGUUACAAUGCUAAAACCUGUUCUUGAUGAGGAGAUAAGUAUGCUUGGUGAAGUAACACAUCUGCAGUCAAUUUUUGAAGACCUUUGUAACCUGACAGUAGAUCCCAGUGCUUUACCACCUGCUAGUGAACAGGUUAUCCUUGACCUGAAAGGUUCUGAAUACACCUACGCAUUCCAGACUCCACCUGCAUCUCCUAGCAACACACUGUCACGCAAAAGCAGCAUUAGCAGUAACUAUGCCUCAGUGCGUCACGUGCCCUCUUUGGACUCUAUCUCCAGUGUUAUGGAUGGCCUGCAUUUGCAAGUCCAAGAAGUAGGACAGGAGCAGAGUCACAAUGUCCCUGGCAAAGAGAAUGGCUCCUCUGUGCCUCUUCCACACCAAGUUUACAGCAGUUAUGGGGAAAGAGCUAGAGCCCAGUCCACAUCAGGAAAGCCGAAGACAGCCAGAGAGCAACUAGCUCUGACCUUAGCGGGUGCACUCAACUCAGAGACUCCUCACACUAGUCGUGACUCACUGCACUGCUCCAGUGGAUACAGUACCCAGACAACAACACCAUCCUGUUCUGAAGAUACAAUACCCUCACAGCAUGCAAUAAAGAAAGAGCCUCCUCUAUAUGACUAUGAUUAUAUCUCCCUCCACGGAGGCGACGAUACCCCCCGUCCAUCUGAUUUUGACAAAUCCUGCACGAUUCCACGUAACAGCGAGCUGAGCCUAAACUACCGUAAACUGUUGCAGAGCAAGAGACCAGCGUCCACCGUGAGCCUGCUGACUGAGCCUGAGGCCCUACUGCUGCAUCAGCCCCACACAGCCACCAUCCGGCGUAAACCAUCCAGCAAAGCCAACCUUCGUCGUGGCACCAUCAGUGGAGGAGUGCCCAUCCCCAUCUCCACACCACAGGUGCCACUGAAGCCAUCUACAUCCCCAGCAGGCUGGGCUCCAGGCCGUAGUGGCAGUGAGGAGGCAGUGUGCCCACAAGUGCCCCCUCAAACUGCUCGACACCCCAGCUCGGAUUUGGCACAAGCUAAACACACACUCUGCACCUCUACCCAAAAUAUGAGUACAUUGCCAACCCCAUACUAUGCGAUGUUCCCUGGGCAACCACCAGUAGGCAUCACAGAGCAAAUCUACCAAACUAGCAAGCAACAGCAAAGACAGUUCCAAUACCACAAUGACAAUCAUCAACAGUACAACCAGAAACAACGGCAGUAUCACCAAGAGUACAACAAACAGGAGCACCCUGUACAAUAUCAGCAACAGUACAAUCAAGCACAACAGGAGCCACAAUAUCAUCAACAGUACAUCCAAGCACAACACCAGCACCCGCAUGAACAUCACUACAAGCAACAGUAUCAGCAACAGGCACAGCAUGUACCAGCUCAGCAUCCAGUCCAGCAGCAACAGCCAAAUCAACAAAAACAACAGCAGUGCCGACUACCUCAACAGAAUGCUGCACUACAGUGCUGGGCAUCUGCUCCAGCUCCAGACACUGCAAAUCUUUCAGAUGACCCUAAUGAUUCCAAUCAGAUGCCAAGUGGCAGUGAUAUGCUAAGCAUGAUCCGCAGAGGGGUGAAACUCCGACGCACACUCACUAACGAUCGCUCAGCACCUCUCAUCACUACCAACUAUCUCAACUGAAGAUUAUUUUCCGUGCUUUAGGAAAUUACCUUUUUUUUUUUUAUUUUUAUUUUUUUUUUUUAAAUUUUACUUUUUUCUCCAUUUUUAUAAGCUUCCCAUUAGGGUUAGACAGUCUGCUUUUCUACAAAAAUGACUUUAUUCAGUUACUUAAUUAUGACUUUGUGGCACUGGUGUGUCCAUAUGAAUGUCAGCUUUCGUAUGCUCAAUUUUAUUAUAUUCUUAUUGUUAGAUAUGAAAAAAUGACAAUUUAGAGAAAAUGAUGUUUUAGGUUGGAUUUGUUUGAUUUGAUUAAUUUGUGUACUUUUGUAGAGAUUUAACUGAAGACUGACAGCUCCAUUGCCUUUACUGCCUGAAGUCUGGUUUAUUUAAGUGAAUGAGUGGAGUGCAGAUAUGUUGAUAAAGUACCGUGUGGAGAAUGUGGCCAUUCUUUCAUUGCUUGUAAUUAAUCGCUGUGGCUAUAUAUUCAAUCUGCUAGAUUUUGCAAUCAACUGUAUGACUUCUGUUCACCAAAGUUUUGAAAAGUUAGGCUGUUCUAAAACACAAUGUGGCAACAAACAUUACUGAAAUUUUAAUAAUUUACUUUAUUGUUAGGUGAUCAGACUAAGAAUAGAUACUGAAUUCUGGAUUUUUUCCUCAACAUUUUUAUUUAAAUAAUUGUUCAUUAUUUUUUCUGUAAUUUAUCUGAAAUGCUUUCUUUCACUUUUUCUUUAUUUUUUUUAAACACCAUUCAGGAUAAGUGUUACAGAAUUUUUGACACUAUAAACUGUACACUGCCAACUGUUAGAGGUGAUUUUGUCUUUGAGCAAUAUACUGUACAUGUCUACAUAUUCUAAAAACAGUCACUAUUAGUAAUUGUGUAGCUUUUUUAAAUGGUCACUGUUGAAAUGCCUUGUUUUUCCACUUGGUGAAAUUUGCAUCUUCUAUACUUCUGAAAUGAAAAAAGAAAUGAGUGUAAGAGAAGCUUGCAGUUUUGAGUAGCUCAAGCCACUCGCUUCCCCUUAUGGCACACAUGUUGGAAUCCUAAUCUGCCUUAUAGGAGAACAAACUGAGAGUUUGCAUUGUUGCAGUUUCCAAAAACAUUUGAUAGGUUUAGACAUGCUAUAUUAUGCUGAAUGGAUCUUUAUCUUAAAUAGUAUACCUAUAUAGUUCUGUAUUUUUCCUUAAUUUGUCCUUGGCAUUUGAGAUGAAAGCUGUGCCAUUUAUUGUAAAGAAAUUUUUUAUGUAGUUUGAACUUUUAUCAUUUAAAGUGACUGCUCUUUUUAUCUCUAUCUCGAUACUUUUCUCUAAGAAAUAGGUUAAAGAAAGAAUUGUUUUUGUGUCUUCCUGAUUGGACUGGUUGCAUAGUGUUUACACCGAUCGACCAUAACAUUAUGUGCUCUGCUGUCUGGCACCAAGCCGGUAGUAUUAGAUCCUUUAAGCCCUGUAUGUUGCGAGGUGGGGCCUCCAUGGAUCGGACUUGUUUGUCCUGCACAUCCACAGAUGCUCGAUCAGAUUGAGAGCUGGGGAAUUUGGAGUCCAAGCCAACACCUUGAACUCUGUCAUGUUCCUCAUACCAUUCCUGAAGAAUUUUUGCAGUGUGGCAGUGCAUUAUCCUGCUGAAAGAGGCAACUGCCAUUAGGGAAUACCGUUGCCAUGAAGGGGUGUACUUGGUCUGCAGCUAUGUUUGGGUUGGUGGUACGUGUCAAAGUAACAUCCACAUGAAUGCCAGGAUCCAAGGUUUCCAAGCAGAACAUUGCUCAGAGCAUCACACUGCCUCUGCCGACUUUCCUUCUUCCCAUAGUGCAUCCCGGUGCCAUCUCUUCCCCAGGUGUCCACACUUGCCCGUCCACAUGAUGUAAAAGAAAACGUGAUUCAUCAGACCACGCCAGCUUCUUCGCAUGCCCAAUUUAGGCGUUUUCGGUGGUGGACAGGGGACAGCACGGGCACUCUGACCAGUCUGCGGCUACCCAGACCCAUGCGCAGCAAGCCGCGAUGCACUGUGUGUUCUGAUACCUUUCUAUCAUAGCCAGCAUUAACUUUUUCUUCAUUUUGUGCUAUAGCAGUUCUGUGGGAUCGAACCAGAUGGGCUACCCUUCACGCUCCAUGCGCAUCAACAAGCCUUGAGCGCCCAUAACCCUGUCACCGUUUUACCAGUUAUCCUUCCUUUGGACCACUUCUGGUAGGUACUAACUACCGCAUACCAUGAACAGCCUACAAGACCUGCCAUUUUGGAGAUGCUUGGAGCCAGCUGUCUAGCCAUCACAAUUUGGCUCUUGUCAGAGUCGCUCAGAACCUUACACUUGCCCAUUUUUCCUGCUUCCCACACAUCAACUGACUGUUCACUUGCUGCCUAAUAUAUCCCACCCCUUGACAGGUGCCAUUGUAAUGAGCUAAUGUUAUUCAUGUCACCUGUCAGUGGUUUUAAUGUUAUGGCUGAUCGGUAUAUACUUCUACUUGUUUAGCUGUCUUGUGUAAUAGAGAAAGCUAAUGCUGGUCAUGGGCUUUUGGACAGCAAGCAUAUGGCCUUUGUUCUAGCCUUAAAUCAUCAACCAACUUUUUGUUAAACUAAGAAUUUCAUUAAUAGGAACGUCUUUGCGUAGCGCUAAAGCUGAGGAAGAAUCCUAUCCAAAGAGCAGCUACCUAGAGGCCUCAGCCUAAUUUGAAUUCACUAAUACAGCACACCUUAAACAGUACAUCUAUGCUUUGGAGAAACUGUAUAGUUUUUCUUGAUACUAUAUACAAACACAGAACGGAAUUAUUGUAAUAAACGACACAUAUGCCUAUUUUGUCUAAUCCCUAAUCCCUACUUUAGUAUGGUGGACUUUUUUUUGUGUGAGACACAAAAGUUCAUAUUCUUAUGUUACAACUACCUAGGGGUUCUUAUUUCAAUUUAGUUUUCUUUGCCCAAACAAGGAAGGUAAAUUAUUUAAAUGAUUAAGUUUGAAAGUGGACAUGUAACAUGUUCUUUAUAAGUUCAAGUAAUUCAUAUUCAUCAAAGUUCUAUCUGAGCUUUGAUAUGGGUUGACAAGUUUAAUGGCCCUCAUACAUUUUUUGUUUGUGCAUUAACCUUGUUCUACAGAACUUAUAUAAAUAAUGAUGGUGAUACCUUGAGAAGUUUAAUUCUUGGUAUCUCUUUGACCCCUGCAACUUUCUUCUUGCUAAUUACAUAACUGAAAACCACACUUGUCUGUCACAGUUUAGAUUGGAUCCAUCUGAGCAGGAGAACUCAUUCUCUGUAAAUGAUUAAUAAGCAUCCCAGUGUGUGUUUCAUAGUGCAGAUAUUUUUGUUGUAGUAUAUGAAAAGAUCUGUGGUUAGACUUCCCUGAAUGCAAAUCGUAAUUAUUGGAAACUAGAUAUCAGGUCUUAAAUCAGAUGGCUCAAAACUUUGUUGUCUUGGACAAUAUGCCCCAACUGUGCACAAAGGUCCAAAUUUGUCUUAAACUGGCUACAAAUGAUGCUCUAAUGGUGGCUGUUAUUUACCUCUGAUCUAGGCAGAGUCAUAGUCUUAAAAAGUAGGUUGUGUCAUGCAUUUCAGGCUAGCAUGACCAUCUUAUUAGUAACACUGUAUAGUUACUUAAUAAAAUAGUAAGUGAAUAAAGAAAGUAACAUGGAAGAUGUGGUCAACCUCGGAUCUUCAUAUGUCUGGUAGAUUUUUUUGGCACCUAGUCAUUUCAAGAUUAGUAUAGACUUUGUCAAAGUAAUGCAGUUAAUAGACCUCUGUUCUUUUAAUAAAACAGGGUGCUCACUCACA